GCCCGGCCACACGUACCAGUAGGAGCUUACUGCUGCUGCUACUACUAGGUGGGAACAGCGAGAGACAAGAGCACCCGCGGAAUGAGAGAAGCCGAUGGAGCUCGGACAGCGACCGGAGCAGAGCUUCUUUGGGCUUGCGUGUGAGUCUCGUCUGUGUGAGUGAGAGAGACAGAGACAGAGUGGGAGAUGAAGGAAAGGGAAAGGUCGGGAGCUUAGGCGAUACUACUGUAGUAGUAGGAACUAGCUUAAGAUUAGAUUAGCUUAGCUUAGCGGGGGGCUCCGGCGGUCGGCAUGGACUGGGAUCUCAAGAUGCCCGCGGCCGGCGCCGGCGCCGCGUGGGACCUCGCCGAGCUGGAGCAAGGCGGCGGAGGCGGCGGGCCGUCGGCGGAUGGCAUUGCGGCUCCUGCUGCUGCUGCGGGCGGUGGUGGACGGGCCGAGUGCUCCGUGGACCUGAAGCUCGGCGGGCUGGGCGAGUCCGGCGGCGGCCAGGCCCAGGCCCAGGCCCAGGACAGCAGCACCCGCGGGGGGAAGGCGCCGGUCGCGGCGUCGGCGCCGGCGCCGGGGAAGAGGCCGCGCGCGGCGGCGGGGUCGUCGUCGAGCAGCGGCGGCGGCGGCGGCGGCGGGGGGCAGGGGCAGCAGUGCCCGUCGUGCGCGGUGGACGGGUGCAGGGCGGACCUGAGCCGGUGCCGCGACUACCACCGGCGUCACAAGGUCUGCGAGGCGCACUCCAAGACCCCCGUCGUCGCCGUCGCCGGCCGCGACAUGCGCUUCUGCCAGCAGUGCAGCAGGUUUCACUUGCUUACAGAGUUUGAUGAGACCAAGCGUAGCUGUAGAAAACGUCUUGAUGGGCACAACCGUCGCCGCAGGAAGCCACAGCCAGAUCCCAUGAAUUCUGCAAGUUUUAUGACAAGUCAACAAGGAACAAGGUUUUCACCAUUUCCAAAUCCAAGACCGGAGCAAAGCUGGCCAGGGAUCAUCAAAACUGAGGAGAGCCCAUAUUACGCGCAUCAAAUCCCUAUAGGUAUCAGCAACAGGCAGCAUUUUGGUGGAUCUACAUCUACUUACGCCAAAGAAGGCCGGCGCUUUCCUUUCCUACAGGAAGGCGAAAUAAACUUCGCCACAGGGGUGACCCUUGAGCCUUCAGUGUGCCAACCACACCCGAGGACGGCAGCUCCUCCCGAUAGCAGCGGCAGCAGCAAGAUGUUCUCUGAUGGGCUGACUCCUGUGCUCGACUCAGAUUGUGCUCUCUCUCUUCUGUCAGCUCCAGCAAACUCCUCUGGUAUUGAUGUCGGCCGGAUGGUCCAAGUCCAACAGAACGAACACAUCCCCAUUGCUCAGCCUCUAGUCUCCAGCCUACAGUUCAGCAGCUCGUCCUGGUUUGCGCGCUCCCAGGCUGCCACCGGUGCCGUCCCACCGACCGGAUUUUCCUGCCCUGUUGUGGAAAACGAGCAGCUCAACACUGUCCUGAGCUCGGAUAACAAUGAGAUGAACUACAGCGGGAUAUUCCAUGUCGGCGGCGAAGGCUCCUCAGACGGCGCCCCGCCAUCUCUACCCUUCACCUGGCAGUAGUAGUUCCCAGUAGCUGUUCUUGGCGUGCUUCACAGUAGAGCUCUUCCCUUCUCCGGUUCUCCCUUUCCCUAGUCCCUAGUGAUCAACACUGUUUCUGUUCACUCUGCAUCAUUCCAAUUUUUUCUCCUGUAUUCAUUUCACUCAGCAAGCAUUCGCGGUCAGCAAAUUCAUCAUAAAAGUCAGUUCCUCGAAAAUCUUUUUCUCAUCAUGUUGUCAAGUACUCCCUCUAUUUCACAAAGGUUGGCGUAUUUUGUUUCCUUAAGACAAGGCUUUGAUCAAUGAUAACUCUAUUAAUAUGUGUUUUUACAUAAGGGAGUA